UAUAAUUGAUCUCAUGAAGCAAUACUCAGCCUGGUUAUAGUUAUACUGCACAUAAGUUCUAUCUAGGUUGCAGAAGACAGUGGUCAUCUGAGUAACAAGAAGAGCAAAAUGAGGUGCAGCUCUUAUUUUUAUAUUCUUUUGCUUUUUGUAAUGAAUUUCUCCCCUGUGAUAUCCGUUUACAGAUGGUCUAAAUGCAAUAAUGAUUCUACUUUCACCGACGGCAGUACAUAUUCUACUAAUUUGAACCGAGUUAUGAAUGAUCUGUUUACAAAUACAUCUCUGAGUUCAGGGUUUAACACUACUUCCUUUGGUCAAACGCCCAACAAGGUCUAUGGCCUUCUGCAGUGUAUUGGGAACGUUUCAACAGAGAAAUGCUCAGACUGUGCACAACAAGGAAAUAAUUCUCUUAAGGAACUUUGCGCCAACGAUAUAGGUGGUUCGGUAUUGAUGGAUGACUGCUUUCUGCGCUAUGACAACUCCAAUUUCAUUUCAACACUAGAUGACAGCGUAUUUGUUUUUUUCACUAAUGUCAAUAACAUCUCAAGCAAUAUGGAUGAUUUCAAAGCCACAACCUCUAGUCUUCUCUCCAAUCUGUCUAAUCUUGCUUCUGAUUCCACAAAUAAGCGUUACGCUCUAGGAUCAGCCAACUAUUCCACAUCCCAAUAUGUAUAUGGGCUUGCUCAAUGUUGGAGAUAUUUAUCCGUCCAGGAUUGCACAACAUGCUUGGUGAACGCACAGAACGAUGUGGAGAAUUGUUGUUCUGGGAAACAAGGAGCUCAAGCUCUGUUAGGAAGCUGUACAGUAAGAUUUGAAAGAACCCCAUUCUUUGACACUACGACUACAGAGACUUCACCACCGACUCCUUCGAUUUCCACAUCCCCCACAAAAGAUAAGUCUUCGAAAACAUUGCCCAUAAUUUUGGGAGUUGUAGGAGGCCUGAUUCUGGCGUUGGUUAUUUGUCUAAUUGCAAUGAGAAAAAGAGUGAGAUCUGCUUUUUUGGGGAGGCCAGUUACUCUAGUUACCCAAAACGAAGAAAUGAAUGGAUAUUCCUCGGAAUCUGGGUUACUCAUGCACGGCCAGCAACAUUUUAUCAUGAGCUUAGAGGCACUGGCAGAAGCCACGCAAAAUUUUCAUGAAAAUAACAAACUUGGAGAGGGAGGCUUUGGACCAGUGUACAGGGGAACAAAUAGAGACGGAAAGGAAAUAGCAAUUAAAAAGCUGUCUGCAAAAUCUUCCCAAGGUACAAAGGAAUUCAUGAAUGAAGUGAAGCUGAUGGCCAAUGUUCAGCACCGAAACCUUGUGAAGCUGUUGGGAUGUUGUGCUGAGGGAGAUGAAAGAUUGCUCGUUUAUGAAUACUUUCCUAACAAGAGUUUGGACACUUUUCUCUUUGAUCUAAAAAAGAACAGCCAGCUAGAUUGGCAAAAACGUUAUAACAUCAUAAUUGGAAUUGCUCGUGGCCUGCUCUACCUUCAUGAAGAUUCACAGCUUAAAAUCAUUCACAGAGAUAUUAAAGCAAACAAUAUUUUGCUUGAUGACAAACUCAAUCCUAAAAUAGCAGACUUUGGUUUGGCAAGACUUUUCCCUGAAGAUGAGACCCAAAUCCAAACCAGAGUUGCAGGCACAUAUGGUUACAUGGCACCAGAGUAUGCAAUGCGAGGACAGCUGUCAGUUAAGGCAGACGUUUAUAGCUUUGGCGUGCUAGUGCUUGAGAUUUUGAGUGGAAGAAAAAACACAGAUUUCAAUCUUCCACAAGACAUACAAAAUCUGUUGGAAUGGGCAUGGAGACUGUACAGAGGAGGAGAUGUGAUAAGUAUGGUUGAGUCAACUAUAAAAGAGAGUUGUCCGCAGGAUCGUGUGAGACGCUGCAUUCAUGUUGCACUUUUGUGUGUACAAGAAGAUGCAACAGUUCGUCCAGCUAUGUCGAAUGUUAUUAUUAUGCUAUCAAGCAAUGCGGUGACAUUGCCAAAUCCUACAAAGCCAGCGUUAGCAUUUUGGAGUGGUUCAGAAUCAAGUGCCGGGUUAGGGUAUGAAAAGGAUAGAGCAUCAGCAUCACAUACUUCUGGAACGACCGCUUCAUCUGCGUCGGGCAUUCAAUCUGUAAAUGACACGUCCAUUACUGACGUAGGACCGAGGUAAGGUAGAUGUUGAAAGUUGGAGUAUCACAAUUGUUGAUAGAGGCGUGGAUACUCAGGACUCUUCUUUUCUUGUGAAAGACGUGAGCCUUACGUAGUUGUGAUCGGUCAAAUAUUGAUUCUUAUUUCCCAGACCAGACUGU